AUGCUGGGAUAUGAUCUGUACAGCAGUGCUCUGGCGGAUAUUCUGAGUGAACCAACCAUGCAGCCACCUAUCUGUGUAGGCUUGUAUGCACAGUGGGGAAGUGGAAAAUCUUUCCUGCUCAAGAAACUGGAAGAUGAAAUGAAGACUUUUGCAGGACAGCAGAUUGAACCUCUGUUUCAGUUCUCCUGGCUUAUUGUAUUCCUCACUCUUUUGCUGUGUGGAGGUUUGGGUUUAUUGCUUGCUUUCACAGUGGAUGCAAAGCUUGGAAUAGCAGUGUCACUCAGCUUAUUAGCAGUUCUCUACAUUUUCUUUACUGUAAUUUACUUUGGUGGCCGAAGAGAAGGGGAGAGAUGGAACUGGGCUUGGGUGUUAAGUACAAGGUUGGCAAGACACGUUGGAUAUUUAGAGUUGCUUCUCAAACUCAUGUUUGUGAACCCACCGGAAUUGCCAGAGCAAACCACUAAAGCUUUACCUGUCAGAUUUUUGUUUACAGACUACAAUAGACUGUCCAGUGUAGGUGGAGAAACUUCAUUGGCUGAGAUGAUUGCUACGCUCUCCGAUGCAUGUGAAAGAGAAUUUGGUUUCUUAGCAACAAGGCUAUUUCGAGUUUUCAAGACAGAAGAUACACAAGGUAAAAAGAAGUGGAAGAAAACUUGCUGUCUCCCAUCCUUUGUGAUCUUCCUGUUCAUAUUGUCUUGCGUUGUUUCUGCGAUUGCGCUGCUGGCGAUUUUUAAUGUGGAAUCAGCCAACAUGACAGUGAACGUUAUUCUAAUAACAGUUACUUGCAUUGUUGGUUUGGCCUUUUUCUUGAAUUGCCGCACGUGGUGGCAAGUGAUGGAUUCGGUUUUGAACUCUCAGAGAAAACGUCUUCACAAUGCUGCCUCCAAGCUUCACAAGCUGAAAAGCGAGGGUUUCAUGAAGGUUUUGAAAUGUGAAGUGGAACUGAUGGCCAGAAUGGCAAAAACCAUUGACAGCUUCACUCAGAACCAGACAAGGCUUGUUGUAAUUAUCGAUGGAUUAGAUGCUUGUGAACAGGACAAAGUUUUGCAGAUGCUCGAUACUGUGAGAGUCUUGUUUUCAAAAGGCCCAUUUAUUGCUAUUUUUGCAAGUGACCCACAUAUUAUUAUAAAGGCUAUUAACCAGAAUCUCAACAGUGUUCUACGUGAUUCAAACAUAAAUGGACACGAUUACAUGCGAAACAUUGUCCAUUUGCCUGUUUUCCUGAACAGCCGAGGGCUUAGCAAUGCAAGGAAACUGAUGGCAGCAUCAACAACCAACGGGGAUAUUCCUUAUGCAGAUACUGCAGGAUUUCAUGAAGAGGUUGACAGGAGAGUUUCUCAGAACAGUCUUGGGGACAUGACCAAGCUUGGUAGCAAAACUGCUCUCAAUAGGCGGGACACCUACCGAAGACGCCAGAUGCAGCGUACCAUCACCCGCCAGAUGUCUUUUGAUUUGACCAAGCUGCUGGUUACAGAGGAUUGGUUCAGUGAUAUCAGCCCUCAGACCAUGAGGAGACUGCUAAAUAUUGUUUCAGUGACGGGUCGUUUAUUGAGAGCUAAUCAGAUCACAUUCAAUUGGGACAGACUGGCUAGCUGGAUCAAUCUCACAGAGCAGUGGCCAUACAGAACAUCGUGGCUUAUCCUACAUCUUGAAGAGACAGAAGGAAUUCCAGAUCAGCUCACUUUAAAAACCAUCUAUGAGAG